AUGUUUUCACUCCAUUUUCAUUACGAAGAUGUAUCACGUCAAGAUCCGUUGCUCAAACCGAAUCACGCCAACGUUAUGGAAGUUCCUGGAUCGUGUGAAAUAAGAGUAGUACCAAAGGCACCCUAUAAUUUCAUAAUUCAAAAUGGAAAAUUGGCUAUGGAGAUUCCGCGCGGUCAGAAAAAAAUACAGACACAAAGGGGUUCGACAGGAAAGUCGUUUCGAUCCAAUCUAUUCUUGGGGUCAAAUAAAGACAAAGGAUAUGUCAGUGACCUGGCACGCCAAAGCACUCUCCGAGGGCAUGGAAUGUCUAAUUUUUCGGUCAGAAUCGCGAUAGUAAUGUCUCUGUUAGAUUCUCCGGUCGAAAUACGGGAAAACUCCAUUCAAUUCUCGAUGGAAACGGAGUUUUGCGAAUUCUCCCCAGAACUGGAAGAUCAUUUCGAGGUCUUCGAACAUAUUCGAGGGUUCAAUGUGACUAUUGUCACUUCGGCCAACACACAAGAUGAGACUUUACCACCGUGGAGCGGCUUUUUGCAGGGGGAAGGACUCAGCUCUUUGAAAGCUUUCACCUCGACUAGAAGAUAG